UAUGCUGAUCCUCGCCUGGCCCCAGCUGUAGGCUGAAGGCCUCGGACGGACGUUGAUCCGAGGGUCCCUGCGCCGCCGAGUUGGCGAGUUGUCACGUCGGGGUCCGCUCGGCGUUUACUUCACGGGGUCACCUCCUUUCCCGCCCAACCGUUUUCUCCCUGUGUGUCUUUCUAGGUAAAUUUCACCCGUGUAAUUUUGAGUUUCUGUCAAAAUCAGUAUCUUCCUCAGGAGAGCGGGGUUGGCAUUUUUUGGUUUGAUUGAGGAUGUAUCCCGAACAACCCGUCGACCCGAACCAGAUCAUGGAAGAUACCCAAGUUGUUGACUGGGAUGCUGAAGAAGAAGAGGAGACAGAAAGAUCCAGCAACUCCUUGGGGUAUAGCUUGGAGCCUAUAGGGCGACUGCAUAUCUUUGGUGGGACUCAUGGACCACAAAAAGAUUACCCACUAUACAUUGGCAAGAAUGUGAUAGGACGAAGCCCUGACUGCUCUGUGAUCCUGCCCUUUCCAUCCAUUUCCAAGCUGCAUGCUGUGAUUGAAAUCCCAUCCUGGAACAAAGCAGCUCUCCUCCAGGAUUGUGGGAGCCUCAAUGGUACUCGGAUUAUGAGGCCUCCUAAAAUCCUAACCUCUGGGAUUAACUAUCGUUUGAGGAACAAGGAUUUGAUUCUGCUUGCUGACUUUCCCUGCCAGUACUAUCGCCUGGAUAUACCUCUGCCUUUGGUCUCCCGUGGCCCUCUAGCUAUAGAGGAGACUCCCAGGAUACAGGGAGGAACCCAACCUUCCAGAAUUCUGUUGGCCGAGGACUCAGAAGAAGAAGUGGAUUUUCUUUCUGAAAGGUGUGUGGUAAAUGAACCAAGGAUCACAUCCUCCCCUUUAACAACAGUAGUUCCAGAAAGUGAUGAAGAGGGGCUUUCUGCAGCCCCAGGUGUCCCAGGGCCAUCUUUUGUUACCUUUGACUUGGUCAGUGACACAGAUGAGGAGGAAGGUCAGCUACCAAAAGCAGAGGAGGCCUCUUCAGCUACCAGUGAAGGUGCCAUUGUAGAGGCAGAGCAGCCUGAUGAGAGGACAACUGGUAUUCAGCGAGUGAAGGCUCAGGCUACAGUGCAGAGGUACAAGGACAGAAAAGUCAAGUCAGAUGCAGGCAAUGAUGUAGUUCCACUUGGGGUGGUUGGGGAGAGGAGCCACCUUCCUAGAAAGGACAGUGACACAGAUAUGGAUGAAGAACACCAGUCUCCUGGAAAGCCAGCCAAGGCCCCCUUGGAAAGGGCUCAGCCUUCAGGCUUUGUGGACAGUGACACAGAUGUGGAAGAAGAGGGGAUCCCUAUGACCCCAGCUGUAGUUCCAGUGAAGAAGAGGCAGAUCCUCCGCAGUGUUGGUAAGAAGGGUCCUAGAGCACCUGGUCUGGCACGUCUGCCAGAGAGGCCAUCUGGUAGAGACACUAGUGUAGAGGAGGUCAAGGCCCCAUUGGCUGUUCCUCUGGAGAGAGGCCAGACCUCUGUAGUGAUCAACAGUGAUAUGGAUGAUGAAGAAGAGGUCUCAGCAGCACUUGCUUUAGCCCAUCUGAAAGAGAGUGGAGCCAUUUUGUGGAGCAGAGACAAAGCUAUGGAAGAAGAUAGGGCCCAACCUCAAAUUUCCUAUGGGAGAAACAGUGACACAAAUACAGAGAAGGAGAAGCUCCCAGGAGGAAAGAGAGAAACCAUCCCUACAGACAAAGAUGGGAUUCUUGUAACACAUUCAAAAAAGAGCCAGCCUCCUUUUGGGCACAGUGAUUCAGGUGAGGAAGCAGAUAUGAGCUCUCCUGGGAUCCAACUUGUGGGAAGUCAGGCCUCCACCUUUCUGGACAAUGUAGACACGAAGGAGGAUGUCCUACCAGGGCCAUCUGUUCUCCAGAUACCUGCAAAAGAGACAAAUCAAGCAGAUGUGGAAGCAAAGCUGAGCCCAGCAAUGCUGCCUAUAGUGCCUCUGGAGGAAGGGGUAUCAUCAGCAGUGGCAGAUGUAGGAAAGAGCCAGCUUCCUGAAGCAGGGGAUGCUGGGACACAUUGGGUGACAGCUGUUCUUAAGCAGGAAAGCACUUUUGAGGAGGCCCAAGACAGAUCACCUGUGGCACAAGUGGAGCAGGUGGUGGUGUAUGCAGGAUCUCCAAGGGAACCCACCAUGCCACAGAGAGAGGGAGCCCAGACCCCCAUGGGAUGGGAGAGAAAAGCAUAUGUGGGCAGGACCAAGAACUCCGAAGACUGCUAUGAUGAUCCUGAAGAUCUAAACCUUCCAGCUACCCAGUGCUUUGUAAAAAUGGAGCGUCAGAGUCCAGAAAUCCAGACCUUGGAAGAUGAACCCACCCAAGCCUUCCCACUUACUCUGCCUCAAGAGCCUGGCCCUUCCCAUUGCAGCUUUCAGACUCCAGGUGCCCUGGAUGUGCCUUGGGAAAUACUGUCUACACAGCCAUUCUGUCUGAGAGAGUUUGAGGUCUCUGAGCCUCAGCCCAUUGCCACAAGCCUUGAGGCUCAUGGAUCUUGCCCAUCUACAUCGAGGGCACUGCCACGUUAUGAGCAUCCAGUUCACAUCAGCCUGGUUCACACAGAGCCAUUGGGAACUCAAGGCAGAGAGACUAUGGAGAAAGACAUGGGCAACUUGAAUUGCAAGAUUCCACCUGCUGAGAAUGCCUCCAAGGGAGAUUCAGAAUCUUCAAAUCCUUCCUGGCUUCACACAGUGCCUGCAGCCUCAGCCUCACCCCAGAAUUGCCUUACCUCUCAGAGCCAGAAACAUUCUGUACCUCAUUCUCUGGUUUCUCCCCCUUCCCCUUCUGAGCCCCCCAUUCCCAUACCUCACAAUGGGAGACUAGAAGCUUCUGAGAGUCUCUCAUCCUCAGAGCCUAGCACCAGGCCUCUGCAGUACACUGUUAAGCCACACACUGCCCUCCCCACAGACCAGCCUGCCACCUCUAAACCCACAUCUCGAGCCACUAGGGGCAAGACAAAUAGGUCCUCCAUCAGGACCCCAGAACCACCUGUCACCGCUAAGCCUAUAUCUCUAGUCACUCAGGGUAGAACAAGUAGGUCCUCUGUCAAGACACCAGAACCAGUUGUCCCCACAGGCCCUGAAUUCCAGCCUACCUCUUCAGACCAGCCUGCCACCCCCAAGCUCCUAUCUCGAGUCACUCGUAGCAAGACAAGUAGGUCAACUGUCAGGACCUCAGAACCAGUUCUCCCCAUAGGCCCUGAACUCCAGCUUGCCAUCCCCAGGCCUGUGGCUCUAGCCACUCAGGGUAGGAUAAGUAGGUCCUCUGUCAAGACCCCAAAACCAGUUGUUCCAACAGGCCCUGAGCUCCAGCCUAUCUCUUCAGACCAGCCUGCCACUCCCAAGCCCAUAUCUCGAGUCACUCGUGGUAGAACAAGUAGGUCCUCUGUUAAGGACCCAGAACCAAUUAUCCAGAUAGACCCUGAGCUCCAGCCUGCCACCCCCAAGCCUGUAUCUCAGGCCACUCGAGGUAGGACAAGUAGGUCCUCUGUCAAGACCCCUGAAGUAGUUAUCCCAACUCCUGAACUCCAUCUUCCCACUUCCAUAGACCGUCCUGUAAACCCUAAUCAUUCCAUAUCUCAAGUAACUCGUAGCAGGACAAAUAGGUCCUCUGUCAAGACCUCCGAACCAGUUGUCUCCACAGGCCCAGAAAUCCAGCCUCCCACUUACAUGGACCAACCUGUCACCCUUGAACCCAUGUCUCAGGUCACUCAGGGCAGGGCACCUAAGUCCUCUGUCACAACUCCCAAACCAGUUAUUUCUGCAAUUCCUGAACCCCAGCCUUUAAUGUCCAGAGAAGAGCCUGUCACCCCCAAUCCCAUAUCUCGGGUUACUAGAAGCAGGACAUCUAAGUCCUCCACUAAGACUCCUGAAUCAGGUGGAAGAACACCCACAGAUCUGGAUGCUCCUGCCUCCACAAACCAGUCUGUCAUCUCUGAGGCCAUAGAUCAAAGCAAGACACUAAGGUCUUCAACCCACAGUGCUACCCCAAUUUCCAUUAUUCCUAAACUUCAGCCUCCUGUUGCCACAGCCCAGCCUGCUCCUCUUGAGCCCAGUAACAGCAGAAGGAAGAGGGCUGCUGGGAAGCAGGGCUCCCACAUAGCUCCCAUUGGCCAUAGACCUUCCUCUGCAACCCCUGAGCCUGAGUUGUCCUCAACAAAUCAAAGAUCAGGGGUACUGAGAGCAGCCGAGUCCCUUGGGACCAUUCCUGAGCCGGCAUUUCACCAAAUUGCUGAGGCACACACUCAUGCCCCCCUGACCCAAAAUGUGGAAGAAGCAGGGAGAUCUGGGUUCACCCUGGAGCCCAAGCCUGAGGCAUCUCAAAUCCGUAAGAGGCCUUCCACUACCAUGGACUCAUCCCUACUUCAAAAGCGACCCCGAAGAGGAAUGUCCCAGAAGACAGUAUUCUCCAGUGAAGAAGAAGAUUCUGCUAAUAGGCUAGUGAAGGAAGAGGGUGUAGUGGUUCCAGAACCAGAUAAGAGAAGGAAAGACCAGACAGAAGAAGGGCCCAAGGCAAAUGCAAGCCGCAUCCUGCGGAGGAACAAACCUAACGAAGAACCAGUAGCCCCCAGGGUGCUCUUCACAGGAGUAGUGGAUGCUCGUGGGGAGCGGGCAGUGCUGGCACUGGGAGGAAGUCUGGCCACCUCAGUGAAUGAGGCCUCCCACCUGGUCACUGAUCGCAUCCGCAGGACAGUCAAGUUCUUGUGUGCCCUGGGGAAAGGGAUCCCUAUCCUCUCCCUGGACUGGCUGUAUCAGUCCCGCAAGGCUGGCUGCUUCUUGCCCCCGGAUGAAUACUUGGUGGCUGACCCUGAGCAGGAGAAUAACUUUGGCUUCAGUCUUCGAGAUGCCCUGAGCCGGGCACGAGAGAGAAAGCUGCUAGAGGACUAUGAGAUCCAUGUGACUGCUGGAGUGCAGCCUCCUCCUCCUCAGAUGGGGGAGAUCAUUACCUGCUGUGGAGGCACAGUCCUGCCCAGCAUGCCCCGUUCCUAUAAGGCUCACCGAGUUGUGGUCACAUGCCCUCAGGACAUCCCUCGGUGCUCCAUCCCAUCUCGCCUGGGGCUGCCCCUUGUCUCUCCUGAGUUUCUUCUGACUGGAGUGCUGAAGCAGGAAGCCACCCCAGAAGCCUUCCUCCUCUCCAAUCUGCAAAUGUCAUCCACCUGAAAACUUUUCUUCUCUGCCACUCAAAGAAGCUGUAAAAAAAAAAAAAAAUAGCUGGAAAGAACUCAGGGUUUCAAAACAGACUGGAAUAUAUGUUGAUAUGACUGGCUUGGGACCAUGGGUGAGACCAGAAAGGUUUAUGGAAAAAAAAAAAAAAAACAGGCCAGGCCUGGUGGUGCACGCUUUUAA